AUGAACAAGAAGUCGCUAAUAGGGAGCUACCCAAUUAACAUGCCUGGUGACACCACUGGAGAAGGGGUCUUGGACAUUACGCUGCUGCCCCAUCUUCUGCCCCAGCUGCCGUCCCAUGUACUGCCCCACCUGCUGCUCCAGCUGCUGCCUCAACUGCUGCUCCAGCUGCUGCCUCAACUGCUGCUCCAGCUGCUGCCUCUACUGCUGCUCCAGCUGCUGCCUCUACUGCUGCUCCAGCUGCUGCCUCAACUGCUGUACCAGAUGAUGCUACCCCAGCUGAAGCAUCUGAUGCUUCUUCAGAUGAUGGUUGAGGCACUGGAUUGA